AUGAAAUUGGAAGUGCAUCAACAAAGAACAAUGCAUCCAUUGAUGCAGCCAGAAGCCAUCUUCCUAAAUAUCGCAAUAUUCCUGAGUCCUUAUUUCCAACUAGUUUACUCCAUGGUAUUUUGUGACAUGGAGGAUAAUGGAGGUUGGACUGUACUCCAGAUUAGAAAUGGUUUAGAUUCCCUGAAUUUUCAAAAAAGUUGGGCUGAGUACAAGAAGGAAUUUGGACAUCCAAGCUGUGAGCAUUGGCUGGGACUGGAAAACAUUUACUCAUUAACUAACCAGGCAGACAAAAAAAUUAAACCUUGUGUAGAAUUAAAGGAUUUUGAAGACAACAAUGGACAUGCAGAAUAUUCUGAAUUCUGGAUUGACAAUGAAACAGAAUUUUACAGACUUCACCUGGAUUACUCAGGAAAUGCAGGUGAUGCUUUCAGAGGAUCAGGAACCCCAGAAGAUGAUCAAAAUGGUCACAUGUUCAGUACUUAUGACCAGGAUAAUGAUGAUUGCAAACCUUGCAUCUUUGGUGACAUGGCAAUUGAAAGUUGUAGUGCUAUGCUUGGUAGUGGAUGGUGAUUCAGUCAAUGUGGAAUGGCAGAUUUAAACGGGGAUUGGCAUUCCAUAGAUAACAAUAUUGGCUGGCUGUCUGGACUAAAUUGGAAAACCUGGAAACAGGUGCCGUAUUCAUUCCAAGGCAGUAAGUUAAAAGUUAGAUCCGUGUAA